UGUCUCCGAAUUUAUCAAUCAAAAUUAAAACCCGAAUACUUCACACUACACACGAUUAUCUAUUUUGAUUUGUUCAUAAUUGGAAUAAUUAGAGCCAGAAUACUUAAUUCAAUUACAAUAUGUCGUUUUUAACGCGAUUGUUACCUGCGCUUUCUAAUGUUCGUUCGUCGGUGAUGGUAGCUUCGCAGUCGACAUUCCAUUCGUUAGCUAUUCCAGUUUCCAGAGACGCUCGUCCCGGAGGAUUGUUCUCUUUGUCGAUACGUAACGUAAUCCGGUGCCACUUCCCCAGGCCGUCGGAGCGCAAGAGGAUCAAGCGUCACGGAUGGGAGAAAAGGAUGAGCACGCCCGAAGGACGAAGGGUUUUAAUGAGGAGAAUUCUGAAAGGAAAACAUGUAUACUCGCAUUGAGAUGUCCGAAAGUUAAUUCUAGUUUUUAUUAAAGUUAAAUGUAAUUGUUAA